GCAUGUAGAUGCCGGAUGCGUUUUCUUCUUCCUGACUUGAACAGUGGUCGGGGCAAACGUGAGGAUGAUGGCGCCUCGGUGGGGAGUGCUGUGGGUUGUCUCGGUGGUUCUGGCAGUUGUUUCUGCCAAUGAAUUCAGUGUAUUAAGAACUCCUGAAUCUGUUAUAUUUCGAGAAGGAAAUUGGCCAAUUCCUGGAGAACGAAUUUCAGAUGUGGCAGCCUUAUCCAUGGGCUUCUCUAUUGAGGAAGAUCUCUCUUGGCCUGGGUUAGCAGUAGGUGAUCUCUUUCGGCGUCCGCGAGCUACUGUUCUUGUUACUGUAACUGGGAUAGACAAGCUAACAAUGCCUAAGAAUGGAAUAUCUUACCCGGUUGAAAAUGCAGUUCCCUUCAGCCUGGAUGGGGUUGCAAAUGCAAUACAUACUUUAUUUUCUGAGGAAACGCCUGUAGUUGUCCAAUUAGCUCCUAGUGAAGAAAGAGUUUAUAUGGUGGGAAAAGCAAAUUCUGUAUUUGAAGAUCUUUCUGUCACACUGCGGCAGCUUCGGAACAGACUUUUCCAAGAUAAUUCCAUUCUUGCUUCCCUUCCCCUCAACUCAUUAAGCAGAAACAAUGAGGUUGAUCUCCUCUUCCUGUCAGAGUUGCAAGUUUUGCAUGAUAUCACAAACUUACUUUCUAGACACAAACAUCUGGCCAAGGAUCAUUCACCAGAUCUAUAUUCUCUAGAACUUUCUGGGUUGGAAGAAAUAGGUAAAAGGUAUGGGGAAGAUUCACAGCAGUUCAAGGAUGCUUCUCAGAUUCUUGCAGACUCUCUGCAAAAGUUUGCAGAUGAGAUGUACAACAUCUACAGUGGGAAUGCAGUUGUAGAAGUGGUAACUGUGAAGACUUUUGAUACUCCCUUUGUGAGAAAAUCCAGAUCUAUUCUACAAUCCUCAGAGAGCAAGCCUGAAAAUCCAUAUAAUCUGGGAUAUGCAUAUAACUUUAACUAUGCUGUUGUCUUCAAUAUAAUUUUCUGGAUCAUGCUUGGACUGGUGUUAGCUGUGAUUGUUAUCUCCUACAAUCUGUGGAAUAUGGAUCCAGGCUAUGACAGCAUUAUUUAUAGAAUGACCAACCAGAAAAUUAGAAUGGAUUAACCUUUCAAUGCAAAUCUAAGAGGAGAAAUGCUUUUUCAGUAUUCUAGCAGCAUUCAAUAUGGACUCUUCAUAGUGUGAAUAUUUUUAUGAAGUAUACAUUUGUUUUGUGAGGAUAUAUUAAAUGGUAAUGGUGGGUGUAGCCAAUGUUCAGAGUUGAAAACAAGCAGUACUACACAACCAUGAGCUAAUUCCAAUUAAAGUGUGCAUUUUGCUGUAGGGGUGCUUCUUUAUAUUGCUUAUGACUAAGCAAUUGUUUUCUUACACUGAAAGUUUAGGAUGUUUUCUUGAACUAUGUUAUAGAUUAAUAAAGUAAUUCAUGGGCUAAAUAUUUCAAAUGUUAGGAUUUUAAUCCUAUUAAGAUUGAUAAUCCAAUGUAAAAGUUUCUUUAAGCAGAAGUACCCUUUUAAAAUACAACCUUGCUGUACCUAUAUGUAUAUUCACCCUAAAUGUUUAUUCAAAGUUACUGUGUUUCUUAAAAUAAUGAAAUUACCUGAAAGAAGAGAAAUACAUAUGGGUACAUCUGUAUUAAUAAUUGUAGGAUCUUGUGGUAUUUAUGAGUAGUGAAUUCUGAUGAAAAAUUCAGUUAUAUGUCAUGUUCUUUUGUCACAUGACCAGUUAACAAAUGGUACAUAGUGGCCUGUGUUCUGUACUUGACAUGAUGUAUUUCAGUUCUUGACAUACUCUGAAAAAAAACCAAAGAGGCUGAUAUUUGAGUGGAAUGUUUUAUUGGGCAUCAAAUGCUAGGUAUAACCAUAUCACUGAAGAUAGUAUAGGCCUUGACUUCAAAUAAAUCUGCUUGCAGUGCAGAAUUAAUAUUAAAUAAAUGUAAUGGCUUGAGAUGCUUGAAAGAUUGUUGUUAUGGUAACACUGCACAGAUUCAUUUACUGUAAGGAAAUGAACAGAUGUUCUACAGAGAAUAUAAAGUAUUUUGUGUAGAAAGUCAUCAAACAUUCCAUUUGUAACUGUACUUAAUUAAAUGUUAUACUAGUGUAUACAUUAAUAGUCUUUAAUUUACAAGGUUUAAUGCAUUGGUAUAUUGAUAUUCAACUGCUAUAAUAGGGAUAUCCAACUUUCUUCUAGAUCUUGUAGCUGGCACUAUGAAUAUGCUAAGUCUUGGUUAUUUAUAUUGUUCUAGUUAAACUGUCCAGGUGUAUUUUCAGUUAAUGUAAACACAUAUAGGUAAAAAAAUUCACAACCAUGCACAUGAUUGAAAAUACUUGAAUUCUAGUUCCAGUUGGGACAAUCUUUCCUAUUGUAAAAACAGAUUUUGUUUUGUUUUGCUUUGCUUUAGCUAUAUGAUCAGAAUGGUGAAUUAUAAUUUCUUUCUGAUGAAUUUGACCUCUUUAAAAAAAACACAUUUCUGACAGUAGUCAUUGGAAAAAUGAGGCAGUUGGCCUGCAAAUCUGAAAUUAAUCUGAAGCUUGAGAAAAUAAAUAAUAUUUAAUCUUUAACGUAUUUAAACAAGUUCCAAUUGGAAAACUGGCGAGUAAUGGAUUGAUGUAAUAGUACUACUAUUAUAUUAGUAACGUAUAGUAUUAAAAAUAAUACCAUAGGCCACUAGCAAUAAUAGCAUGAUAGGGUCAAGAAUUACAUUGAUUUCCCUGUAAUAGUGUCAGUUUAUAGAUUGUUCAUUACUGAUAUGAAUAAAAAUAUUUGUUAAGAG